UUCAGAGCGAGCGCUACCGCUUCAUCUUCAAUUUAGGGCAAAAAGCAGCCGUUUUUGGCCGUUGUGGAGAAUAACUUCUGCCGUGAUAGCGCUGCAGCUGGACGUAUUUGAUCUAUGGUGGUAGCCAAAGCAGCGGAGACAACGCCUGCCGUGUGCUAGAAUAGAUAAUGUAGUUUAGCGUUUCUCCAGUCGCUUGUUUAUCAGGUGUGACAGACGGAGCCGAGUCUCUGGGAAGGUACCUGCUAACUCCAGCAAGCUAGCUAGCCUCUCAGUUCGCUGAUCGUCUUCAUGCAGCUGAACUGAUGAGAGACUUGAACCUUCUGCAAAGUUAAAGCAUCUCUUUACAUCGUUUUUCUCUUUAGACCAUCGGCUACGACUUCUUUCAUUUGUUCCUGAGAUCAAGAAUUCAAACUGGCUGAAAUGGAUGAACAAAGUGUUGAGAGCAUCGCCGAGGUGUUCCGCUGCUUCAUCUGCAUGGAGAAACUGAGGGAUGCUCGCCUCUGCCCACACUGCUCCAAACUCUGCUGCUUCAGCUGCAUACGACGGUGGCUGACGGAGCAGAGAGCUCAGUGUCCGCACUGUCGGGCUCCACUCCAGCUGAGGGAGCUGGUGAACUGUCGCUGGGCCGAGGAGGUCACCCAGCAGCUGGACACCCUGCAGCUCUGCAGCCUCACCAAACAUGAGGACAACGACAAGGACAAAUGUGAGAACCACCAUGAGAAGCUGAGCGUUUUCUGUUGGACCUGUAAGAAAUGCAUCUGUCACCAGUGUGCUCUGUGGGGAGGCAUGCACGGAGGCCACACCUUCAAGCCCCUGGUGGAGAUCUACGAGCAGCAUGUGACCAAAGUGAAAGAGGAGGUCGCCAAGCUCCGCCGCCGCCUCAUGGAGCUCAUCAGUCUGGUGCAGGAAGUGGAGAGGAACGUGGAGGCUGUCAGAGGAGCGAAGGACGAGCGAGUCCGAGAGAUCCGAAACGCUGUGGAGAUGAUGAUCGCUCGUCUGGACAACCAGCUGAAGAACAAACUGAUCACCCUCAUGGGCCAGAAGACGUCCUUGACCCAGGAGACGGAGCUGCUGGAGUCUCUCCUGCAGGAAGUGGAGCAUCAGCUUCACUCCUGCAGCAAGAGUGAACUGAUCUCCAAGAGCCCGGAGAUCCUGCUCAUGUUCCAGCAGGUCCAUCGGAAACCCAUGCAGUCCUUCGUCACCACGCCGGUCCCCCCGGACUUCACCAGUGAGCUGGUUCCUGCCUACGACUCCAGCACUUUUGUUCUGGUCAACUUCAGUACCCUGAGGCAGCGGGCCGACCCGGUCUACAGUCCCCCUCUACAGAUAUCUGGCCUCUGCUGGAGACUCAAAGUCUACCCAGAUGGAAAUGGUGUCGUCCGUGGAAACUACCUGUCUGUGUUCUUGGAACUGUCCGCCGGACUCCCUGAAACAUCAAAGUACGAGUACCGCGUGGAGAUGGUCCAUCAGGCCUCCAGUGACCCCACCAAGAACAUCAUCCGGGAGUUCGCCUCCGACUUUGAGGUCGGUGAAUGCUGGGGCUACAACCGCUUCUUCAGACUGGACCUGCUGGCCAGCGAGGGCUACCUGAACAUGCAGACGGACACACUGGUCCUCCGCUACCAGGUCCGCUCGCCCACCUUCUUCCAGAAGUGCAGAGAUCAGUACUGGUACAUCAGCCAGCUGGAGUCGGCCCAGAGCAGCUACAUCCAGCAGAUCAACAACCUCAAAGAGAGGUUGGCCAUCGAGCUGUUUCGCCGGCAGACGUCACGCAGCUCCUCGCCGCCCGACCUGAGGCUCGCCGCAGGCACCGCGACCUCUGAGAGGGACCCUCGCUCGGUGAAGAGCGACGACGACAUCCAGACCACUUUGAGCAACACUAAGAAAGGCGAUGAAGAGGAGCGGACCCAGCACGAUGACUCUAACGAGCUUUCGGACGGCGACUUGGAGGUGGACUGUUUGACGGAGGAGGAGGUGAACCCGCUGGACGGCAGCAGCACCUCAGGGAGCUCCACAGCCACCAGCAACACGGAGGAGAACGAUAUCGACGAGGAGACCAUGUCAGGAGAAAACGAUGUGGACUUCAUCGGGAACCUGGAGACAGAAGAAGGAGAGCUUCCUGAUGACUUGGCUGGAGCCACAGGUGGAUCCGGCUCCAGCGUGCGUUCCUUACAUCGCGGCGCCGCUGCCGGUCGCAGCGGCAGCGGGGCCGCCGCCGGUGCCGUCGGUCCGGGCAACAGCAGCCUGCUGGAGAUCGACCCGGUCAUCCUGAUCCAGCUGCUGGAUCUGAAGGAGCGCAGCAGCGUGGAGUCCCUGUGGGGUCUUCAGCCCCGGCCCCCUGUACCUCUGCUGCACAGCCAAGCUCAUCCUCACUCCAGGAAAGACCGAGAACGGCGGCCUCAGGUGGUGCGACGCUCAGCUCCGGACUCAGGGGUCCUGAUCCGCCUCAAGGCUCAGAUGGCCGAGGUCCGCAGCAAGAUGUCUGAUGUGAAGAGCCAAGUGCUGGAAGCUCGUGGGGCCGGAGAGCCCAGGCCCGGUCCGUCGGGGGGCUUCGGCGUGGAGGAGGUGCUCUCUCACCACGCGGAUUCAGAACUGUCCGCUUUUCGUAAGCCCGGCGAGCUGGACCUGCUGGGGAGAGCGGCUGCGGCUCGGUCCAGGCCCUGCCGGCCAGCCAGAAAGUCUCUGUCUCCCGUCCUGGACAGCAGCAGCUCUCUGGUCAUGAAGAGGAGGAGUCCAGAGGAGAUGGAGAAGGACCUGAGAGGAGGAGACGUGGCCACAGAGCUCAGCCUGCAUCUCAAAGAGGGGCUGGGCGGCGCAGAGGGAGUGCUGAAGGCCGACGGCACCCAGGGCCCCCUCGUGGCUCUCGGCGGCUCCUCGUCAGAGCAGGCCUCCACCUCCAAGCAGCAGUACUCGGUGGAGCAGCAGCUGUACGGAGCCUCGGGGUCCAGGGACGACAUCUUCUCGUUGGGAGGACCGAGCUACGUGACUGCCGGCAAGAGCGGUGGCGGCAGGAGCCUGGGGGCAGCCAUGCUGGACUGUGAAUCUGAGAGCUCAGGAAACUCCCAUCAGGCCUUGCUGGAGGGACCCUCUGCACAGCCACAGUCAGCUGAAGAUCAGUCACCGUCUGUCCUGGUGGCAGCAACAAGCAGUGACAGCGACACUGAGGACGAAGCCCUGCAGAGCAACACGUCUCACUAUGACAACCAGACCCCGCCCUGCACAGGAGAGCAGCUCCUGUCUGAUGACAUGAGUCUACCUGCCGACAGGUGAUUCCCUCUGAGCCUCUCAGAGCCACAAACCCACCGCUUUACCCUCAGAGGCCACACGGCGACGCAAUAACGGCCGGAGACGACACACGUUAGUUACACAGAUCUGUAGAGUAGGAGCUGCUUCUUCUGCAUGAAGACGGGGAGAUGACGGAAACAUUUCUCCUGGCGUCCUGAAGGCUUUUCAUUCCAUGAACUCAUCACAUCAGUGUCACUGCCCCUUUAAGAACCAACAUUUGAGCGUUUGUCCUCUUUCAGUCAGUCGUGAGCUCAGCUUGGUGUUUUUACUCUGUCACAUGUCAUUUUUAUGUUGGGAUUCACAUAAAAGGUCAGUUCAGUCAAUAAGUCACGUGACCACCGCGGCCGUGCGCAAAGGCUGAAUCUCUGAGAUUGUUCCAGUUUGUGCAUGUUGUCACCUGAACCAUUUGACCUGGACUGCAGGUCAUGAACCUUCAGUCCACACCUGUUUCCUUCAGUGUAUAAAAUCUGCAGCGUGUUUGCAACAGUCUGAGGAUCAAACUGUACAAAUCUGUAGCCUGUCAGUCAGAACUCUGGGUUUUUAGAGCGGCUGCUGUCCAUGUUUGAUUCAGCCUGUCUGUCUGUACACCUGCUCGACUGGCUGCACCUCAGUGCUGCUGCUGUGUUCACUCCUCCGCUCAGCUUCAGUGACACUGCUGCUUGCUGCUCUGUUAGCUUCUCUGCUAACUUAUGUAAAUGUCCUCUGUCUUAAUAACAGCAGCAGCAGCACAGCGUCUGUCUUUAUGUGACAUUUGAAAAGGCUAAACGAUCACUGAAUCACGUGGACUCCAAAGCUGCUGCUGCUGCUGCUCUGAUGUCUGUGGGCUGAAACUCCAGAACAACGUGUUUCUGUUCGGGACGCCGCCGGCUGCAGCGAGCGCAGCACGCUGCAUGGCCUCCACCCACAGAGAGCUGCCUCACUGCAGUUUAUUCACGACACAACUCCACCUUCAUCCUUUGUCAGUCAUUGAAAGGAGUGCUUCAACCUACAGCUGGUACCUUAGCUUAGCAUAAAGACAGUUAACAGUCUAAUCUGCUGCUCUGCUCAGAUCCCACUGUGUCGGCUGGCAGGUGCAGGUGCAGGUGCAGGUGGAGGUGGAGGUGGAGGUGGGAGUCUCUCCAUCAGACUGAAUCAAACAGGGCUCCCCCUCCCUCUGACGUCACAGCAGCUUUUCCCCUUCAGCCAUCAAACAAGCUAUCUGACAGCAGAGCACAGGUGUGACUGACAGCAGGAGCCGACAGGAACCUGCAGCAGCUAAAUGCAUCGCAGCAUCGUCAGUUUUCCAUUUAGCUUUAAUUUUACUGCAGAAGAGGCAGAAAGUUAUACAACAUAUAAAACAACUUUGUGCAGACUUCUUGCUGCUGGAGGUGAGAGAGGAAAUGUUUCCAGUGAUUUGUGUGAACAGACCAGUCAGGUUGAAGCUGUGGCGCGCUGAAGGGUCUUUUUAGUUAAUAUAACUUGACGGCAAAGGUUUAAAAAUCGAUGUAAUUAUGUAACAUGUGCUUUGUGCUGCACCGUCGGCUCGCCGCUUCACCGGCUUCUCUUCAUGGAUAGAUGAUCAUUCACAAACAAACCUUCCUGCACGCUGACGCUGAAGGGGACUCUUCCUCUUUGUUGAGCCACACCUUCAUCUUUGGAUGAGGAGACAUUCCUGAAGUCCUCUGCGGUCUUCAGUUGGCUUUGUAAAGAUGUUGUUGUGGAGUUUGCUGUACGUGUGCCUGACGCUGCAUGGAUUCACGCAGGAAGUCACCUCACGUUGCUUCACAUAUUCCUGCACCUGGUGGAGGUGUCGGAGACAGGAAACAGACUCUCACCUUUUAUUAACCUGCUCGUGCUCAUUGUGUCAAACGCUGCUUUUCUUUUGAAUGUUCCCAGAAUGCACUGUGCAUUAUUUGCUGUGUACGUUACCUUGUUAUGUAAUAAAUGAAAUGUUUUAAGACCCCUGAA